AUGACUGGACCCCAGAUUUAUACCCUCAACAGCGGCAAAAAGGGCGUUGAGGAGCAUCGCCUCGACUAUCAGCACAUCACUUGGUUGCAUCUUACGAAGACCUUGAUCCCCGAUAACAUUAAGUCAUAUCUCGCCUCUCUUGGCCGUCCACCCGCAGUAGCCGAUGUCGGAACCGGCACUGGGGUUUGGUUACGAGACUUUGCACCGGAAGUUCACCAAGAUGCUCGUUUUGAUGGUUUUGACAUAGAUGACUCGAAGUUCUUCUCUCCCGGUGAGCUUCCAUCAAAUGUCAACUUGUCAUUUGGGAAUGUCUUUGAGCCAAUCCCUGACAAUCUCGUGGGGGAAUAUGACUUGGUACACGUUCGACUUCUGAUGCUCGCCCUAAAAGCCGGGGAUUAG